AUGGCGGAUGAGAUAGAAGCUUUGCGGCGAGAGAUUGAACGAAAAUCUUUGGAACUCGAAUCCUUGAAAAAUUUGUUUGCACUCAAGGUUAGUUCCCUUUAAAAUUACACCAUAAUAUAAGUUUUCGUAAAUUUUGUUGUUAUUUUGCAAUACAAUCUCAUUUUGAGUGAAUCGUUCAUAAAAAUAUAUUUAUUGUAGAAACCAGCUGAUUGGCGCUAUGUUUAUAAUCCUAUUGACGUAGAUCGAGUUUCUUUUCUAUUUUCAUCUCUAGGAAAAAGAGUACAAGGCUUCAAACUCGCGUUCAGCUGCGUCAAAUUCCCCAAAUGUUGUCAAACCAGAGAAAAAAGAAAGGCUUACAAAAGAUGAAAUUUUACGCUACAGCAGACAGCUUAUCUUGUCCGAGAUUGGCGUGAAAGGUAUGCAGUUUAAUCCUUUAACUCUCAAGAUCUCUUAAGUAAUUUUCUUAACUGUCUGCCAUACCGUUCUUUUGAUGUUAGUUUGGAGAAUUUGGUAAUGGAUCAACUCAUAAUCCCCUAACUGAUAUUUUUCUUUAUUCUCCUCACUUGUUUGCUUGAUAUUGUAUUCAUAUUGUAAGGAGAAAUUUUGUCUUAGUCACUCUUAGGAGUUAAAGGGUUAAGUGUGGGAGCAAUGUGAGAAAGAGACAACUUCCUUAGUUAUGAUAAUUUUGUCCGAAACUUGGUGGGUUACUAAUUUGUUAAAUUUAUUUCCUUUCUUUUUUAUUGUGACUGUGUUCUUCAGGACAGGUGAAGCUAUGUAAUGCUUCAGUGCUGGUAGUCGGAGCUGGAGGUCUUGGAUGCCCUGUGGCACAAUAUUUAGCUGCUGCUGGAGUAGGUAUGACAUUCAAUAAGUUAAGGUAUUAGCCAGGGAAUUUGAUAGAGUGGGGAAAAGAAUCCAAGGAAUGACACUUUUACAUAAUUAUAAACACUCAUGAGUUAAAAAAAAAAAAUACUCCUUUAAUGUCUCAUAUUAUUCUUUUGUCAAGUACAGUCCUUUCAGUUUUGUCUCAAAAACAGCCCCUAUUACAAUGAUGGAAUCUAGCUUAAAUGUUUCAGUUUUGUGUGUAUAUAAGGAUAAACAUGAUACUAAAACAUGAUUAGAUUGGGUGUCAGACAUGCCAUGAUUGGUCAUCAAACAAAUGUUUCAGUGUCAUUUGAUCACACUUAGAUGCAAGCAACAGUAUUUCCCUUUAUUUCAAAUUCAUUACCAUACAUAGUCAUACAAAAAAACAAAUGAAAAUGAUAAUUUGAACAAGGUCUUAAAUUUAUUGUCUUCUUUUUCUUGUGCAAAACUAAACCUUUGACUUAAUAUUUUGUGUAGGAUGCAUAGGUAUUGUGGACUACGACACAGUUGAGACAAGCAAUCUGCACAGACAAGUACUUCAUACAGAGAGUAGAGUAAAUACCUCAAAGGCAGAGUCUAUAAAGAUACAAAUUCAGCAGUAAGUAAAUUUGACAUCUAAACAGUAAAUUAAAUAUGACACAAAUAAUUUUUUAGUCAUUUACAUAUCAUCAAACAUUCCAUUAUCAUGUUAAAAUCCAAAUCUGUCAUGGCAGUAUCAAUACAGUAUCAAGCAGACAAGUGAUGAGAGUAAAGAAAAAAAUAUCAAGUUGAUCCAAUACCAAAUUCUCUGAAUUAAUAUCAUAAGAACUGUAUGACAGACAGUAAGGAGAAUUGCUAAUGAGAUCUUGAGUGUAGAAUUGAUGUCCACUGAAUAGGGAUUAAUCAAACACAUGGGUCUGUUACUCUGUUUCAUUACCCAAACAUUGUUUUGACUUUUUUUGCUGUUAGGUUAAAUUCCUCUGUCUCUUGCAUUCCAUACUCCACACAGCUUUCAAGUGGUAAUGCGCUAGAGAUAAUUGAGAAAUAUCCUUUCACAUAAUGUACAUGUAUAGGCUGGUAUAUAGCUAUGUAUUACUUGUAAGGAGAGAUGGCAAAUUUUUUUUUUUUUUUUUUUUUGAGCUUAUUGAAGAAACAGGGAAAGAUGUUUUUGGUCUUUUCAUGAGUGUGGGACAAAGAAAGAAUUCUGAGUCCCCACAAGGAAUUGAACCUCAGACCUUCAGAUUCCUUGCUACGAAGCUUUACCAAUAAGCCAAAGAGAUUCUAUGGUGAGCAAGGGCCACUGUGAAGCUUGUAUAUGACACUCAUCCUGCAUACUGCAAGGAUCAGCAGUGUUGUGUCCAAAUAGUGUCAUGUUUGCACAUAGAAUAAUAAAGAUGGUAAACUUUGAGCUUGGGAAAUAAAUAGAGAAAGGUGUUCUUCGUCUUGUUACGAGCAUGGGACAAAGAUUCCAGAGUGCUGAUUCUGAAGGUUUAAGGUUCAAUUCCUCGUAGGGACUCACAUUUUUUUCCUAAUCCCACCCUUGUGACAAGACGAAAAACAUCAUUCAGUAUAUAACUGGUUAGUCAUUUUAGCCCACUUAUUUAAGUUUCUCCAGCCUACAAAGUACUUGCCUUGAAUUUCAAUACUUUGGUUAAGCUGAAAAAAGAAGUAAUUUUAACCUUGUAACUAAUAGAAAAGAUUAGAUACCAUCUGGUUCAUUCAUCCAGAGAAUAGCUAUGAAUAUGUUUUGAUCCUUAAUUGGAAAACAUAUGAUGUUGUGUUAGAUGCAACAGACAAUGUGGCCACAAGGUAAGGUUGUCUAGGCUCCAAUAGUAAUUCCAAUCAACAGCUUGUCAGUGAUGGUAGAGUUAAUUACGCAAUAGUUAACUUGGUACAACUUGGUAUGGUAUGUGCUUGAAGUUCUAUAGCUGUUUGAUAAAUUUGAAGAAAGUAACAACUUCUACCUGAUAAUUGUGGGAAUUCCUAUAGCCUGUUUGUUGAGUAAUGUAUGGAUAUUAUAGGAAUAAGUUACUUGUUAAUCACUUUUGGGAGUUGAAGGGUUAAAAAAAAAAUUAAUGUUGCUGUUGACAUGACAUUAGGUAGGUAGGGUAAAUAGUGUGGGUGUGGCACAGUGCCCUCUUCCCUCUGGAAAAUCCCAGCUAUACCCUUGUAGGGUCAUUUGUAACUUAAUUGUGAUGCUGUCUUUUUGGAAAGACUUAUAACUGGUCCUUGGUACUGUUUCACCAGAUACCUCUUGAAUGAUGCAUGUAUCCUGGCUGGUAAACCAUUAGUCUCUGGAAGUGCUCUAAGGUUUGAGGGACAGGUAAGAUGAAGAUCAUUUUUUGGACCAAAACCUCAGUGAGAAUGGAUUUUGAUUUGCUCUGUCAGUUACAGGAAUCAGAUAAUAAAGGUUGCCUUCACAGCUCUGUAAAUAUCCACCACAAGCUGCCUCUGCACCAGAAGCAGCUGUUCAAUAUUAGCAUAAAUUGAUACAAACUCUUGUGGAUAUGUCAAACAGCUUGUCUACGAACAAGUUUAACUUAGUAAGGUGGCUUUUAAUUUAAAAAAAUUGCUGAGUUUAAAGAUCAAAGAUUUUGCUUGUUCUCAUCAAAAGGUGCAAAAAGAAAGCAUUAGCAAAAUUUAUUUUGUAUACAUGUACUAACAGCUAUUGUUGAAAUUACAUUUACAUUUACUAUGUAAUAGGAAAACUUUCCAUUGGUAUUUGAGAAUUCUUAUUUCACAAGAAAAUUAUUUCAUUUAUGUUGUAGCUGACAGUUUAUAACCAUGAUGGAGGUCCAUGUUACCGCUGCUUAUUUCCCAAACCUCCUCCACCAGAAUCAGUUGGAAAUUGUUCAGAUAAUGGAGUUCUGGGACCAGGUAAGAUUAUGUCAACAAAGCUUCUUAUCUGUAGGAAUUAGUGCAGAUUUUCAUCCUUACUGAACCCAGGUCAAAGCAGUCUGAGUGAGGACUAGCUCUUACUACUGCACAAUCUCUCUUCACUUGCAUGAAAAGUUUUUUUUUGUUAAUGUAUGUAAAUAGUAAACCUCAUCAAUCUGUCUUGGAACAAAUUGCUUGGUGUCAUGCAUUCUUUGAGUAAACCCAUUAACUCCCAAAAUUUGAUUUUUAAUUCUCUCCUGUAGCUAUGACAGAAUUCCUUGUAAAUUAGUUACAAGAAUUUGGUGAUAGAUCAAGAUAAUGACAACUUCUACCUGCUAAGUUUGAGUUUUCUCGUAACCUGUUUGCUGGAUAAUGUAUCGACAAUAAAGGGAGAAGAUACAUAUAAAUCAUGUGUGGGACUUAAAGAGCCAAUAACUACAUCAGAUACAGUAUUUACAGUCAUGUAACUUUGUUUUGUUUUAUUUAUUGAUGUUUUGAAGUACCAGGAGUUAUUGGAACAUUACAAGCCUUAGAGGCAAUAAAGAUAAUUGUUGGAAUUAAAUGUAUCCUUUCGUCAAGUUUGUCAGUUAGUAUUUUUUUGUAAAUUUAUAAGGAAAGGUGUCUGAAUGUUGAAAUUAUCAUGACUAAAAAAUGGAAAUUUAAUUUGUUUAAUUCCCCCCUCCACUGAAAAAAAAAUACAUGGAUUUCUGCAUAAUUUUCACAAUUCCUGGAAAAGACAGUCAUACUCCCAUUCAUUUCUGUAAGGUGGCUACAUGCUCCAAUUCUUACACUCAUAAUGUAGCUGUUUUGAUAGCCAUUUUCAUGAGAAUACCUUUCACUUCCAAGAUCUCAUAAUUAAUUCUCCUUAAUAUUGUCUGCUAUACAAUUCUGAUGAUUGGAGAAUUUGGUAUUGGAUCAUCUAUUAAUCCCCUUAUUGAUAUCAGCUAAAAUCCCCAAAUUGAUGUCACCAAAUAAUGCCCUUACUGAUAUCCACUGUUUGUUUGAUAUUGUAUUGAUUUUGCAAGGAGAAAUUCUGUCUUGGUCACCCAUGGUAAUUAAGGGUUAAUUAAUUAAUUAAUUAAUUAAUGUUUUGCAUAUAGGAGAGAAAAAAAAUUAAUAUGGAGUUAGUAAGAAUAACUGAAUUGAUUUAAUGUUUAAAUCUUAAGAAAACUUGAAGGUAACCAAAAAUGAUUAAUUGUAUAUAAUUUAGUUAAUAUGUAUUUUAUAUGUUUCCCUUAACUUUUGUACUCAUAAAACAGCCUCCUAUUCUCAGAAGAUGUUGAUUUAUGAUGCUCUGGAUGGCAGAUUUCUAACAAUAAAAUUACGUCCCAGGCAGUCAAACUGUGCCAUUUGUGGAGACAAUCCAUCAAUAAUAAAAUUAAUGGAUUAUGAACUUUUUUGUGGAGCUUCAGCAACAGAUAAGGUACAGUUUAGUAUUUAAGGACACUGUAUUAUAGAAUGAAAUAAUAAUUGUAACAGUUACAUUGACAGUCGUAGCAGUACCACCAUAAAGAGCUCUUUUCAGUUGAUUUCAAUGCAGUUUUGGAUCAUUGUCAGCAUCCUAGCAACUUCACACCUACCCCUCCCCUAAUCCAACAUUAACCUUGACUUUUUUUCAGUUGACUGUUGUUGGGUAACAGGGGAGGGGUAGAUAUGCAGUUGCUCAGAUUCUGACAUUGAUCUGCAAUUUUUAGGAUUGAAUUUGUUAUGAUUUGUCUUGAAAACUUACACCAUACUCUCUGAGCAUUUGAAUGCAACGCCAAAAGCUGAAUACUUUGCAAUAUGUGUUUUCUCACACUUGAGGCCAUAAAAUUAAUUUUUUCCUCCUUUUCAAUUACUCUGGGGCUUUAAUUUGGCCCUGUCAGAUAUUUAGUUUUUCAGCCCUUUGCAUUGUAACAUCUGCAUACACAUUCUACACAACAUAUCCUAUACAGUAAAUGGUUUGAACCCGGGGGUAACAUGUAACAGUGUAGUUUGAUCAUCCAGGUGAGUGUAGUCCUGAGAAGAACUGUUGUCGGUAAUGGUGACCAUUACCGACAACAGUCCUUCUCAGGACUACACUCACCCGGACAAUCAAACUACACUAUUACAUAUCCUAUACACUUCCUAUGAUUCUUACAAGGAGAAUUUGUGUAACAAUCAAGAGCAUCUUGAGUUUGUAAUCAUUUCCUUUAUUCUCAUAACCAUAAUGUUUGAUUUGGGCAUGAUACUUUAGGGAAAAUUAGAUGCUUAUCACUCUUAGAAUACUUUUCUGUUUGACCUUUUAGUAGUACAAGCAAUUCACCUUUUACCUUGGAGUGACCGACAUCAAAUUUCUCCCUACAGUAAUACUGCUGAAUCAUUCAUUUAGAUCAUGAGAAUGAAGGGAAAGAUCACCAAGCUAAACAGCUUUGAUUGUUAAAUAAAUUCUCCUUGUCAGUAUCAAAGGAAAAGUGUAGAUAAUAGAAUGGAGAAUAUGUAUACUGAUGCUUGGGUGAAAAGUGUUCAGUAGCAUUACAGAGCAGAAAACAGAUUGAAAUGAUUGUUCUGUUGUAAUCCUAUUUACCAUUUGCUGUGUUCUCUCUAUUUUACACCACAGUGCAUUGUGUUACAAAUCUCAUUUAGCCCUUUAACUCUCAGAAGUGACUAACAUGUAACUUCUUCCCAUACUAUCUAACAUUAUCCAGCCAACAGGUCACAAGAAUACUCAAACUUCUCAGGUUGAAGUUAUUAUCUUAUUAAUCUAACAGCAAAUUCUCAUAACUUUUUUCAAGAAAAUGUGUAGCAGCAAGAGGGGAGACUUAACAAUCAGAUCUUGGGCGUUAAAAGGGUUAACUUAAAAGUUUGUUAUCUUCUCUGACAUGAGUUUAUUUUUUUAGACCCCUUCUUUGGAAAUUCUGCAGAAACAACAAAGAAUUUCUAUACAGGUAAAGUCAACCUCAGCUCAAACUUGACACUUAACCCUCUGCAACCUAACACCAAUAUACUCUUUCUCUAUAUUGUUUCCCACACAUUUCCUUAGAUGGUAAUAAGGAAAAUUUGUUUAAAAGUCAGGAGCUUCUCUAUUUGGUGAUAAUUUCCUUUACAAUGUGCAAUUUAGGGGUGUUAUUGUAAGAAGAAAUUAGAUGCUAGUCACUCUCAACGGUCAAAGCGACAAUAUCAGAGCAGUGACUCACAAAUUAAUCAGUCUAGGGAGUUGCUGCCAAUAACUCUUCUUUAAGAUUGACUAACCCCUGAGUUUCAAAUAAAGUUGAGAGGAUCUUACUCAACACUGAAUUCCAAUACUGUAUCGUAAAACGGACGGGUAACUUUUGAAGUAGUUUACGAGCAGGCCCUCGCGUGUCUCUCCGCCCGGGGGACGAUUUGAGGCGAGUCGGGGAAAGGUUUACCGGGGGUUUGGCACUAAUAAGUCAUUAUCAGUGCUAGGCACCUUGCAGAACUCAAGACGGGUAGUGUUGUUUUAAGUCUCAUACUUUCUUACGGGCUAAGAAACGCUUUUGCGGAAGCGCUGAUAACGAAGACUAGCUCGCGGGCAGGAAUUCAGUCAACAAAUUCGCCGAGGAAAACAUUUUUCUUCUUCCUCAGGAAUAUAAGCGGUUUAUUGACGAGUGCAGCCCUCAUAUUCUUCUGGACGUAAGGGAACCUGUGGAGUUAGAAAUUUGUUCACUUCCAGUGGAGUCGCUUAGUAUCCAAAGAUAUAUAUUUUAAAAAAUUUUAUCGAGUACAAAUUUGUUUUUGUUUUUGUUUUGUUUUCAAGAAACGCGAUAAAACAUUUCUUAAAAACAUUUUAAGAUUAAAAAAAUUGCUAAAAAGCGACGACGUUUCGACGUUGGCUGAACGUCAUUAUCAAGUCAAAAUAAGUAGUGAUUUUUGGUCUAUAAAUACUAAAAAAACAACAAUAGCUGAUAAAAGAUUGUAACGUGAGAAAAUAUCAAACAAGGAGUUUCGCACGUAUAGAGUCCGUCUGAAUAUUUAAAUUGGGCUUAAGUUUCUUGAUGAAGAGCAUUUCAAAUACUAAGCAAUCAAAAAAAAAAUUGUAAACAACACACUGCUUAUUAACAAUUGACGGCAAUCUUCCUUUUAAAGAUCAAGUGGCCGCUAAUGCGGUUCGUAAGCAGUUACGCGAUCUUAGCCGUAAGAUUGGCCCUACUUUGCAACCAGUUUUCGUGAGCAAGAAAUUGGGGCAAGACCUCAGACCCAAAGAAAUCAAGCCGUCAAUUGUUAAUAAGCAGUGUAUUGUUUACAAUUUUUCAUGUGAUCUGUGCGAUGCAGAUUAUGUCAGGUAUACAGCCCGACACCUUCAUCAACGCAUUGCUGAGCACAAAAAUUCGGCAAUCGGUAGACAUUUCUUAGAAGCUCAUGGUAACAACAACCUUUUGAGAGAAAGCCAAUUCACGGUUUUAAGAAAGUGCCAGAGCAAAUUUGAUUGCUUAGUAUUUGAAAUGCUCUUCAUCAAGAAACUUAAGCCCAAUUUAAAUAUUCAGACGGACUCUAUACGUGCGAAACUCCUUGUUUGAUAUUUUCUCACGUUACAAUCUUUUAUCAGCUAUUGUUGUUUUUUUAGUAUUUAUAGACCAAAAAUCACUACUUAUUUUGACUUGAUAAUGACGUUCAGCCAACGUCGAAACGUCGUCGCUUUUUAGCAAUUUUUUUAAUCUUAAAAUGUUUUUAAGAAAUGUUUUAUCGCAAUUUUUUAUAGUGAAAUGUUUUCAAGAAUCAUGGCUUAAAAAAGUAGUUUCAACGCACAAUCAUCGCAGUUAUAAGGUAACCGUCUAAGCAACAUUUAAAAGGUAAAGUGGCCCAUUCAGCCGGAACUUAUCACGGUAUCUCCACUCACCCCUGGAUGGGAUACUAGUCCAUCGCAAGGUUACCCCCCUCAGUAUUUCAUUUCCUCGGCAAGGUGAAAAUUCGCCGAUACCCAUUAAGUGUUUUCCCCAGAAAACACAACAUAGUGAUCCGACCAAGGACCCGUUUCACAAAGGUCCCGUAAGUUAACUGGUCCGUAGAGCUAAAUUGUUUUCAUUCAAGAUGGGGUUUAAAAGGUUUUGAAACUGUUCGGUAGAGAAACAAAAUGGACUGGUUAGAGUGCCAAACUUGCUUCUCUGUUCUCUUUAAAAUUUGAUUUUAAAAUACGCUUACAGGUACGUUGAGUUACCGGAACUUUCGUAGAAACGGGUUCUGCAAGUCUUGACCCUCAGUUCAGCGCAUUAAACCUCUACAUUUUAACAUCAGUAUGCAUAUUCUCUGUACUGUUCUUUGUACAUUUCCAAAGGUGCUGACAAAGAGAAUUUGUGUAGCAAUCAACAGCUUUUUUUUAGUUGGUGAUCAUUUCCUUUACGUUCACGACCUUGGUGUUUGAUUCAGGGGUGAUACUGCAAGGGUAAAUUAGAUGCUUGUCACUCUUAGGGGGUCAGAGGGUGAAACCUGAGGCCACCGCUUCUCCACAGAUUUAAAAUAUAGCAUUUCUUAAUUGAAAUAACUUGGAAGAUAUUCCCUUGAGAGUUCUCCAUUCCCCUGACCAACAAGAUGUGCUAAUGCAAGCGAUAUUGAACCUGGCUGACAACGAGAAAAAACUAUCUACGGUAAAUGGUAGGUUCACAAUAUUUAUUGUGCUGAAAUUUAGCCGAUGAACGAUUUUUGAAACUCUCUUUUUAGUCCAGUCAGAUGGUUCAACUGUGCGUUCGCUUUUUUUUCUGGUUAAAAUGCAGUUUAUGUACUUUGCAAACAAGGCAAUGAUUCACAAAAAGCUGUCAAGUUGCUAAGAGAAACUAUGUUAGACGGAAACACGAAUAAACUGUUGCGCAGUGAAGAUGACUUUCUUCAGUAUGAAAACAAGCAAGCGGUUCCAUACACAAGCACGCAAGUGGAUGUUGUGUUUAAAGACAUUGCUGGCGGACUCUAUGCAUGGGCUAAGCAUAUAGAUGACAACUUUCCAGUGUACUAAUAAGACAAAGUAGUGUCGACUAUCGAGGACAGCUGGUGAAAAUCCCAGAUGACAUUUUAGUUAAUGAUGCUUAGGUUGUUAGUUUGCCAUCAGGCUUCCAUGAUUAAUGAGGAUCCCCCAUACUUUUCAUGUGAAGCGUGAUUGAUUUGAUCCUUGAAUUGUAAUUAAAGAUUAUAAGAUCUCUUCAUGUCAACGAGAACGAAUUUUUUUUUAUUCAAACAAGACCCCUGAAUUAAGCGCUGACUCAAUCGUGAACCAUUUUAUUUUACGUGAUGAAUUUUCUGGCUACUAUAUUGUUUUGAAUAUGCGCGUAUUUUAACAAGGGUUUUGACAGGAGAUGGACUUCAAAUGAAUCGCUGGAAGUCUUGAAACAGACCACUAACGGAUCUUGAACAAAUAAGAUAAGACAUUACGUCAUCUUCUGUCGCGUAAGACUGGUUAAGACUGUAAAAGUAAAAUAUUAUUCCAACGUGAUUGUCUUGAAUUUUGCGUGAAUUUUGCGUGAACGUUAGAGCCUUGGAUAUUAUUCUUGAUGCAUGAAAAAACCGAAUAUUUUUACGUGAUCAAGUUUUACUGAUGGGUAUAGGGGACACUUUUUAAGUAGUAAAGGACGUGCGUUUCUCCGCCCGCGGAGAAGACUAGAGACGAGUCGGGGACAGUUUUGCCAGGGAUCUGAUGUUUUACGUGCACAACUCCUCACCGAUUUCUCGCCGCGAGCGAAGAAAAGCUCGAGCUGAAGCGCCUGUAAUUGGGGCCUGCUCGUAGGCUAUUAGGCUGGGAGUUUCCUGACCUUGUAGAUAGUUUCAUGUAAGAUGCACGCAGGUGCUGCGACUGAAUAAAUUUAUGAGGAGUAUCUGUUUGUAACUUCAAGUGCGAGGUUAUCAUAUCUAACUCCUAAUGAGUCAUCAUGUUCUAAAUCUCCUUGUAGGAACGGUCGUGCUUAUUCAACAUUACAUCCCUCAGUUAGUACGUGCGCUAGGAUUAGUCAAUUCAGUGGGCCGUAGUUCUGCCCUUAAAGUUCAAAAGUUUGUUUGAAUUGAAAUCUUACCCCUUUGUUUGAUCUGAGAUCUGAUAAAUUGUUCACUAACCUCGUUUUCUCGGUCUGAACUGUAAGAUAGGGAACCUCGAUUUUUCCUGCUAGGAAAUUUUUAAAUUUAAAGUGUUUCGAAUGAUGACAAUCCCCCUCGACCGAAACAAACCAGCAGUAAAGCAAUUCUUUAAGAAGCAAGGAGAAUGCCCAUAGUCGAAAGAAAAGCAAGUUAAAUGAAUUCUUGGCAAUCUUGGCUCCAAAACAGGCCACUUCAUCUAGAUCAUACAAGAAACAGGCAAAUGGGAUUCCAAGAGAGCUCAGAACAUUUAUUUAAACUGUUCGAGGUUACUUCGGCCUCAUGCAAUAGAUGCAAUUUAUGCCUAUGCCUGUACGCAUUGCAGACCUAUUUUUCAGUUGCACUCAGACCAGAAUUAUUUGUCUUUACGUCAGUUGGAACGUCAGUCACCUGUCACCACCUUCUUGGGGCGUGGUGUUUCUGUACCGCUGACCCAUUCAAGAGUAUUCUACGCAUUUCCUUACAUCUUCGCCGUCGGACCGAAGCGUGCUUGAUACAAGAAAUUAUACCAUCGAAACCCAAGGUAAGAACCGCUUUUUAAAGAUAAAUAUGAAACAGAUUUUAUGUCAUUGUUACCUCAAACGAUAGGUUUCCCUCUUUUGUCGAUAAAGGUAGGACAAAAGUGGUGGAUCGAAGUGAAACUCUCUAAGACUGCAAAUAAGGUGGCUUGAGUUUGGUGGGUGGUAACACGCCAAAACAAUACGAUCUAGUUCGAAACUAAAAGGCAACGAGAAAACGGUCAGUUUCAAGGACAAAAAUUAGUUAUAUCGUGUGAACGUUGAUUUGGUGGGACCCUCUUUUUUCGGAUAAGAAGAUAUGCAUCACACUAAAGCUUUUAUAUUGAAAUCUGCGAAUAGAUUUGUGGUGAAGCUUCGCUGUAGCCUGCGCUUUCUCAACCGUAAAAUUUCUUCUUAAAAGUGCGGAAAGUGGAAAUUACAUUCAUUCACAGCUGGUGGAAAAGACACAAGCUUCUAGAGCUAGAAAUGUGGAGCCUUGAGUUUCAGUGAAAAUUUAUUUCGUCGCGAAGUAUCAUUAAUAUUCCUUCGAAUCUGGUCUGUUUCUCUUUGCAUGUCACGCAACUCAACGGUAUAUCGGGACGGCUUUUCGUACUCUUUACGAUUAAGAAGUUGUCUUUCAACCAAGUAACUGUGACAGAGGAUAGCACCAAGCGAAUUUGAAUGACCCUCUGAUAGAGGAAAUGAUAAGUGUCGCCUCGUUGAACUGGAAAUUAUGCGAGGGUUCUUCAGCUUUGCAACGCCGGCAUGAGACGGGAACAACUUUGUGCCCAAAUAUGGUAAUGUUAAGAACAGAUAAUAUAUUACGCCUAUUCUACGCGAAAACGGAAAUUUAAACCACGUCCAAAUUUCAAGAUUUCUUUCCUGGUGAGCGCGGUCGAUUUCUCUUUAACCUCUCUUUGCGGUUCUUGAAUACAGUAUCAUUAAAUUUCACAAAAGCCUUGAGAAAAGGCUAUAAAGGCACAAACAGUUGUACUUUAAAACCAAAAUUUUUGUGUCGAACGAUGAAAUUUACGGUAGUCUCUAGGUUUAUAACAUAAGCGUUGAACGCGAAUUAUAAUUUUCCACAAGUGUAUUUUUCUGUAAGAAAUAACUGAUUUAUUUUCUGUGAAUUUACUAAUUAUUUUCUACAAGCCUACCAAUUAUUCUGAUUUAAUAUAUAAUGAAUCAUAUACACGAGGUUUCACGAAGUUUGAAUUAUCUGCGCACUUUUUUAAGUCAGGGGGAACCGCAUACCUUUUCCUUCUAUGGCUGCUGCUUAUGAGUAUUUCUUGUUGGUAAACUUGAGCAUUGUCAAGUAAUGUAACACUCUGUUGUAAAUUUGAGUGUAUACUUGCGUUUGUUGCUGAACGUUUGAACCAAUAUCAACAAUAUGAUUUCAUUUUCCUGUUGUCAUAUUUAUUCCUUACAUGGAAUUACUCUGGAUUAAAAAUCUUACACGGUUAUUACUAAAUUAAGCAUCAAUCUGCUGAGCUUGCAUGUUCACAGAUGUACAUAGGGCAGUUGAUUUCUGUCUUGUUGCAAAUUGUUAAAUUGACUAUUAGCUGAAGACGGAAAAUUUUAUUUCUGGUAUGAUGAAUUUUAUUACCGUGACUGAUAAUAUCUUCACCUAGUUAUUUCUAAAAUUUAGCCUUUUGUUUUAACUCUGUCUUAAUUCUGUAGCACAUGGGAUUUAAUGAUAUUACAGCUUAAUGAAACAAGUAGCUUUGUAGUGUGUUUUAGAGACAGAUGCAUCUGUAAUUCAUGUUAAUAGUGGUUAUUUUAUCAACAUUUUUUUUUAUCCCAAACCCCCAUAUGUAAUCUACCAGUCUUUAUAUUUACCAUCCCAGCUAUGAUGAAGUUUACAAUUGCACUUGCCUAUUCAUCAAUAAUGUUUCCUUUUGCUAUUUGUUGUUCAGGACCUUAUCUCCGAAGAGAAAUUCCUAAACUGUCAUCAUGGUAAGUGAAAGAUAAUGCAAUUCAUGAAUGACACAAGCAUACUUGCCAAAAAAGAACACCUAGUACUCUGAUUAGGAGUAAAACAUGCGACCAUCAGUUAGGAAGAAAAGAAUUUCUGACACAUUUUGUAAAACAUUAAGUAGUAAUUAAGUAUACAUGAAAUAGGCAAAAAGAGGAAAGUUGGGUAAAAUCUGAGAGAAAGCGUAGGUCAAAGAAAUCAAAGGUAGACUUUUCUUCUUCUCUAGCUUGCUGUGCCUACUUUUCCUUUUUCAUCCUGAAUUUUUAAAUUCAGGAAUUUAAUCCUGAAUUUUAUCCCCCAAAUUUUUAAUGAGACUUGCCAGGAAGGUUGAUGUUGCUUUUCAUUGGUUGGUGAUGUCAGAUUUUGAUGAAACUUGACCAAGAUAUUUGUCAGAUAUUAAAAACCAAAGUGGGAGAAGCUUUCAGAAAAUUAACAUUUUAUUCAUGUAACAUUCCACCACAUUAAUGCAACCAAAAUAUUUCCUUUUGUCCAAGUUCAAUAUAGAUUUUCUUAGGGACUAAGAGAAAAUUGUCUCCAACUGUUAGUUAGCCCAUCGUCUGCAGAGUGAUAUUGUUCACUUUGUUUGGAUUUAACUUGGGAGGCUGGUUACUCAGUUAAGCAAACAGUGCCAGAUUUGUGUUUCAAGACCAAAACUGCUAAAACUUCUGUCAUUUUCAGAAUUUAGACUUUGAAAGUUUCUUAGUGACAUAAGGUUUUCCUUGGUAUCUGUUAAAAAAGCUUACAGAGAAUCAUUUUUUCUGUAAGGUACUCUAUUUUGUUGAUCAUCCCUUUGUGUCUGUGACCUGAGAAUAAGUUUGGGAGUUUCACUUUUUCAUGAAGCCUCGAUAUUGACAUCCUUGGAAAAGAGUACUGUUUCCCUCUGCUUCACCCUUUAAAGUCCCUGUACAUUCAAAUUUUCACUCAACUUUGGGCAACUUGAGAGCAGCAAGUUUUUCUGAAGGAGUACUUGAGCAGGGAACAGAAUUAGAAAAUUUAAUGUAUGUCAUGUUACUUUUUUAACCCUUUCACUUCCAAGAUCUGAUUAGUAAUUCUCCUAACUAUCUGCCAUACAAUUCUUAUGAUGGUAGUUCAGAGAAUUUGGUAUUGGAUCAACUAAUAAUCCCAUGAUUGAUAUUCUUCUCUAUUCUCAUCACCUGCCUGCUUGAUACUGUAUUGAUAUUGUAAGGAGAAAUUCUGUCUUGGUUACUUGUGGGAGUGAAAGGGUUAAGACAUGUGAGGAUGAGGCUGGUAACUGGUUUGCACAUGCCUACCAGUAGAAAGACUCUAGGCAUAGUGAUACCUAUUUCUUCAAUGCUUUAUUUUUUAAAGUAGCACACAGAGGGCAACUUUUUCAAGAUGCACCCUCUUUUGUUGAUGGACCCUUAGUGUCUGUGACCUGGGAAUAAUUUUGGGAGUUUCAUUUUCCCUGGAGCUUUAAUUGUGAGAUUGUGGAAAAGUGGUCAUUCACCAUGGCUUCUUGUAAGUCUCAUCUGUACAUAAAAAAUUUUUGUUCAAAUUUGGACAACUUGCAGGAGUCAGAUUUUUCUCAGUAACAAAGUACUUGCGGUAUUAUUGAUUAGGGAAGGAGCAUUUGAGCAAGGUGCAGAGUUAUAAAAACUAAUGUGUGCCAUAUUAUUUUUUAAAGUCGUCAGGUAUUAAAUUGGACGAACGCUGCAAGAAUAUGUUCUCUUUAGUCAAAGACAAGCACGAACAUGCAUGGGUCAUCAUGAAGAUUGAAAAUAAACAGGCAGUUGUGGUUAAGGCGACUCAUGGCAAACUAGA